AUGCAUGCUAGCAUGGUGUGCGGUAAUGCGGGUGAUGGUGUGGGUGAUGGUGCAGGUGAUGGUGCAGGUGAUGGUGCAGGUGAUGGUGCAGGUGAUGGUGCAGGUGAUGGUGCAGGUGAUGGUGCAGGUGAUGGUGUGCCCAGCAAUGGUGCUUGCAGUCAUGAGGUGGGUCAGUGCGAUGGUAUUGGCCGUGGGGGGGAGAUCGGUGGAGAGUGGAGUGGAAAGGUCAUUAGAAGGGAGAGUGGUGAGGAGGGGAGUUGUGGGGGGAGCAGUGGGGAGAGCGGUGGGGAGGGCAGUGGGGAGGGCAGUGGGGAGGGCAGUGGGGAGAAUUCUUUGCGGCAGGACACAUUGAGGCGGCGAGCGGUUGAGAGGUGGCGGCGGGUGCAGCAACAGGAGGGCGAGAAAGCUAUGCUGGCAGCAGAAGGGGGGUUGCGCCAGCGGAGUGAGGAGGGCACGGGGGGAGAUGGCAGCAACGGGGAGGAAAGCAAGGGGAAGGAAGGCCGCGGCGGGCCGAGAAUGGUGUUUGGAGCGCUCCUGAAAAGCAGUGAGUUGGUGGUGUUUGUGUGCCUGAUUUCCUACCACUUUCCUCUAGCACCCCACUUCCCUCACCCCAUCUGCUUCUACCACCUUCCCCUCCCCACUCCCUCCUCACCACCUCCCUCCUUCUCCUCCGCCUUCCCCACCUCCUUCCCCUUGCUCCUCCCCAGACACCCUUGGCACUAUUCGCAGGAAGCCCCCAAAGCCCCUGCCGUGCGCUGUGGACGGGUCUGUGUCCAUGCCCAAGAAUCUUUAUCUGGAGCACAGAAGCCAUCCUUACCACAUGCAAUUUUGAGGCGCCUCAAAACUAGACUCUUCCGCCCUCCACUCCCUGCCCCUGCAGCAUUUAAGAAUUCUCAAACGUGUCCCAUUCGCGCCAUGCUCCCUCUUCCCUCGCACCACCAUUGCUCCCCCCUGCUCAUUCCCUACACCCAUCGCCCAUCCCCUCCUGCCCAUCCUCCCUGGCACCCUUCCCUCGCCCACGGCCCUCCCCCUGCCCAGCUGGCCACGGGCUCUUUUGACGCGGCCAAUCUGCUGGGUGAGGGAGCGUGUGGGCGGCUGGCCACCGGCUCUUUUGACGCGGCCAAUCUGCUGGGCGAGGGAGCGUGUGGGCGGGUGUACCGGGGCGUGCUGCCCCUGCAGCCUCGCCGCCAGGUGGCUGUUAAGGUGUUGCGCCGCACCGACAGAACCACUGCUGCUGCUGCUGCUGCUGCCGCUGCCGCUGCUUCUUCUACUGCUGUUGCUUCUGGCGGUGCUGAUGGUGCCACUGGCGGUGGUUGUGACAGUGCUGCUGGCGCUGCUCCUCCUGCUGUGGACACGGAUGCAGGGUUCAAGUGGGAGGUGGAGAAACUGGCAAGGCUGGAGCACAGAAAUCUGGUGAGGGUGCUGGGGUGCUGUGUGACGCUUUCCAAGCGCAUUCUAGUGCGCCACUACCUGCCGCACGGCUCCCUGCACGACCACUUGCACGGUCAUGCACAGAUGCCCGCACAAAUGCAUGCACGGAUGAAUCCACAGCGCCUGUCAUGGGAGCAGCGUCUCAGGGUAGCGCUGGGCACAGCAAGGGCAAUGCGCCACCUUCACUCCCAGAGGCCACAGGUACUGCAUGGCAACAUAAGGUCCUCCAACAUUCUCCUCACAGACACCUUUGACGCCAAGCUCGCUGAUUUCGGCUGCACGUUGCUAUGCUAUGGCGCCACUGCUGCUUCUGUUACUGCCGCGGCGGCUGCGGCGGCUGCUGCUCAUGGCGCGUGCGGUGACGUAUACACAGCACCAGAGCUGCUGCGAGGGGAGGCCAGUGCUGCUUCGGAUGUCUACAGCUUCGGAGUGGUGCUUUUGGAGGUGCUAUCCGGGCGGCCGCCAGUGGUUGAGGGCAUCUGCACACUAGUGCACUGGGCCCAAGGUGCUAUGAAGAAGCGGCAAUGGCAGGACCUAGUGGAUCCCUUUUUCCUCGACUCGCUGUCACAGACAACCUGCUCCCCCCCUCCGCCUGCUGUUGCUGCUUCUGCUCCUGCUGCUGAUCCUGUUGCAACUGCUACUUCUUCUGCUACUGCUACUCCUCCUCCUCCUGCUGCUGCUGCGGCUGCUGCUGCUCCGCUUGCUGCCCAUCGUGUUCCGUCUUUCCUUUCUGUCUUGCGCCUUGCUGCCGCAUGUGUUGAUGCAAAUCCUGUUACACGCCCGCCAUUUGAAGCCCUUGCUCACACUCUGCACAAGAUUCUUAAAGACAUACAGCUCGCCUCCUUUGUGUCAAAACCCCAUGCGCCCUACCAGCCGAACGAGAGGCAGUAG